AUGGCCACUUGCCUUGGGUCAGGCCUAAGCACCUCCGUCCAGAGCUGCUCUCUGGCAACAGAGGCCUCAGCCAGCUUGAGGCAAUCCGACCUUCUGGGGUGCGCGCUCCGUCAGAAGGAUGUUGUCUCCGUCAAGAGGCAAGCAAGAAGAGCCACCACCGCCGUUCGCGCUGCAGCGACAGCGCCGAAGCGGGAAACCGAUCCGAAGAAGCGCGUCGUGAUCACCGGAAUGGGCCUCUGCUCGGUCUUCGGCAACGACGUGAACACCUACUACGACAAGCUGCUCGCCGGCGUUAGCGGGGUGGACUAUAUCGACCGCUUCGACGCCACCAAGUUCCCGACGCAGUUCGCCGCGCAAAUCCGGAAUUUCUCCAAUGAGGGCCUGAUCGACGGCAAGAACGACCGGCGCCUGGACGACUGCCUGCGGUACGCGAUUGUCGGCGGGAAGAAGGCGCUGAUCGACGCCGGCCUCGGCGGGGACGACCUGAACAAGGUGGACAAGCAGAAGGUGGGCGUCAUUAUUGGCUCGGGCAUGGGCGGGCUGACGGUGUAUUCGGACGGCGUGAAGGCGCUGUUGGAGAAGGGGUACAAGCGCAUCACGCCCUUCUUCAUCCCCUACGCCAUCACCAACAUGGGCUCCGCGCUGCUCGCCAUCGAGCUCGGCCUCAUGGGGCCGAAUUACUCGAUAUCCACCGCCUGCGCUACUGCGAAUUACUGCUUCUAUGCCGCCGCGAAUCACAUCCGCAGGGGCGAGGCGGACAUUAUCGUGGCGGGCGGAACUGAAGCGGCCAUCAUCCCCAUCGGGCUGGGCGGCUUCGUGGCGUGCCGCGCGCUCUCCCAGCGCAACGACUCCCCGCAGACGGCGUCGCGGCCGUGGGACAAGCAGCGCGAGGGCUUCGUCAUGGGCGAGGGCUCGGGCGUGCUGGUGAUGGAGAGCCUGGAGAGCGCCCAGAAGCGCGGAGCACACAUCUACGCGGAGUACCUGGGAGGCGCAGUGACGUGCGACGCACACCACAUGACCGACCCGCGUGAGGACGGCCUUGGCGUGUCCACCUGCAUCCUCAACGCUCUCGCUGAUGGAGGGGUCUCCCCGGAGGAGGUGAACUACAUCAACUGCCAUGCCACGUCCACCAUUGUGGGUGAUGUGGCGGAGGUGAAUGCGAUCAAGAAGGUGUUCCAGGAUACCAGCGAGAUCAAGCUCAAUGGCACCAAGUCCAUGAUUGGUCACUGUCUGGGCGCUGCCGGAGGACUGGAGGCGAUUGCAGUGAUCAAGGCGAUUGAGACGGGAUGGCUGCACCCGACCAUCAACCAAUUCGACCUGGAGGAGUCAGUAACCUUUGACACAGUGGCGAAUGUCAAGAAGGAGCAUAAAGUGCACGUUGGCAUUUCCAACUCAUUCGGCUUUGGAGGUCACAACUCGGUGGUCGUUUUUGCCCCCUUCGAGGCAUAA